AUGGGCAGCAGUGGCGAAGGAAAGUACAAUUUCGCAAUCGACCGCGGUGGCACCUUCACCGAUGUGCUGUGCAUUACGCCCGACCGCUCCGUCCGCACGCUCAAGCUGCUGUCGGUGGAUCCGGCCAACUACGCGGACGCACCGACCGAAGGCAUCCGGCGGGUGUUGCAGCAAGAAACGGGACGGGCCCUCACGCCGAACGGCCUCAUCGACACGGAGCUGAUCGGAUGGGUGCGCAUGGGUACGACGGUGGCAACGAAUGCCCUGCUCGAGCGGACCGGUGAUCCGGUGGCACUCGUCGUUAACCGGGGCUUUCGUGAUUUGCUGCAGAUCGGCAACCAGGCGCGGCCCAAAAUAUUCCAGUUGAACAUCGAAAAACCGUCGAACCUGUACCGCGAAGUGGUCGAAAUCGAUGCUCGAAUCGUGCCGGCUCAAGAGGGCAAGUGUCAGCUGGCGGCGGCUGCUGGCGAGUGGCGUAAGUUGAGCGGUGCUUCUGACGCGGCCUAUCUCGAGACCGUGCCGCUCGACGAGUCCGAUGUACGGCGAAAGCUGACCGCAAUCCGGGAGUCCGGCAUCCACUCGCUGGCCGUGGUGCUCGCACACAGCUAUGCCUGUCCGGAGCACGAGCUGCGCGUCGGUGCGAUUGCGCGGGAUCUUGGCUUCCCGUACGUCACGCUCUCGCACCAGGCCAUGCCCAUGUGCCGUCUGGUGGCCCGGGGAUUCACAGGCUGUGCCGAGGCGUACCUAACACCGCACGUUGAGCGCUAUUUGGCCGGUUUCCGUGCCGGCUUCCGCGAUCAGCUGCAGGGCGCCGAAGUGCUGUUCAUGCAGAGCGACGGAGGGUUGACGCAAAUGGAGCACUUCCGUGGCGCCCGGGCCAUUCUCAGUGGACCGGCCGGUGGAGUCGUGGGGUACGCGGUAACCGGUGUGCGCGACGCCGACGGAAUGGAUCUGAUCGGGUUCGAUAUGGGCGGCACGUCCACCGAUGUGUCCCGGUUUGCGGGCAGCUACGAGCACGUGAUCGAAAGCAUGACCGCCGGCGUUACGAUUCAAGCCCCCCAGCUCGACAUCAACACGGUGGCCGCCGGUGGUGGGUCACAGUUAUUCUUCCGUGCCGGCCUGUUCGUCGUUGGGCCCGAGUCGGCCGGUGCCCAUCCGGGUCCGACCUGCUAUCGAAAGGGAGGACCGCUCACGGUCACCGACGCUAAUCUGAUCCUGGGUCGCCUGCUCCCGGAGUACUUUCCGGCCAUUUUUGGCCCCCGCGAGAACGAACCACUCGAUUACGAGGCGACACGGGCCGCGUUUGAGACGCUGCGCCGGGAAAUUAACGAGCAUCUGGUUGAAUCCGGUCGGACGUCGCUAUCGCUGGAGGAGGUGGCACUCGGAUUCGUGCGGGUUGCCAACGAAGCUAUGUGUCGCCCGAUCCGUGCCCUAACGCAGGCCCGUGGAUACGACACAUCGCGGCACGCCCUGGCGUGCUUCGGUGGGGCCGGCGGUCAGCACGCGUGUAGUAUUGCCCGCGAGCUUGGAAUGCACCGGGUUGUGAUCCACAAGUACGCCGGUAUCCUGUCGGCGUACGGUAUGGCGCUGGCGGAUGUGGUUCACGAAGCGCAGGAACCGUGCGGCCUGGAGCUGUGCGAGGAAAGCCGCCCGCAGCUCAAGGAGCGUCUGCAGGUCCUUUCGGCGGCCUGUGUCGAGCAGCUGGAACGUCAAGGGUUCUCGCUGGCCGCCGGAACGAUCCACCUCGAACCGUACCUGCACCUGCGCUACGAGGGCACCGACUGUGCGCUGAUGUGCCGCCCGGAUCGGGUCGUCGAAACGGCGGCCCACACGGUGUACGGCUUCGGAGACUUUGGCCGCACGUUCCGCGAUCGCUAUCGGAGCGAGUUUGGGUUCGUGCUCGACGGACGCCGCAUCCUGGUGGACGAUAUUCGCGUGCGGGGCUGUGGUCGUGCGACGCUCUUCGACGAGCCGCAAGUCGAGGAAGCCGCCGCCUCCUCCGUUGGGCCACUGUACCCCGAGAAAACAACCGUGGCGUUCUACGAGGACGUGGGGCCGCUGGUGACACCGGUGUACGAUUGUAGCAAGCUACGCUUCGGCCACACAAUCGCCGGGCCCGCCAUCCUCAUCGAUCGACUGUCGACGAUCGUGAUCGAGCCGGGGGCGUGUGCAGCGAUCACCAGCCGUGGUGACCUAACGAUCGAGCUGAACCAGGGCGGCCGGGCAGCGAGAGUCGAUGAGCGGCUCGAUACGGUACAGUUGAGUAUCUUCAACCACCGCUUCAUGAGCAUCGCCGAGCAAAUGGGACGCGUCCUGCAGCGGACGGCCAUUUCGACCAACAUCAAGGAGCGGCUCGAUUUCUCGUGCGCCCUCUUCGGACCGGACGGAGGGCUUGUCAGCAACGCACCGCACAUUCCGGUCCACCUGGGCGCGAUGCAGGAAACGGUGCAGUACCAGCUGCGAGUGCGGGGCGGCACGCUCAAACCGGGCGAUGUCCUCCUCUCGAACCACCCGCAGGCCGGCGGGUCCCAUCUGCCCGAUCUGACGGUCAUUACGCCGGUCUUUGCUCCGGAGUCUUCGGCGGAACCAGUGUUCUUCGUCGCUUCCCGUGGCCAUCACGCCGACAUCGGUGGCAUCACGCCCGGGUCAAUGCCACCGCACUCGACUUCGCUGGCGCAGGAAGGGGCCGCUUUCAAAUCGUUCCUCCUCGUCGAAGCGGGCCACUUUCAGGAGGACGCAAUCGUGGAGAGGCUCACGAGGGCGGCGGCACCGGAAGUGGGUGCACCGGGCACACGCAACCUGCGUGACAAUCUGUCCGAUUUGCGUGCCCAAAUUGCGGCCAACCAGAAGGGCAUCACGCUCGUCGGCGAACUGAUCGAAGCGUACGGACUCGGUGUGGUGCAGGCAUACAUGGGUCACAUGCAGGCCAACGCCGAUCUGGCGGUGCGCGAAAUGUUGCGGAAGGUAGCGCGGGAAGCGCGACAGCGGCAAUCAGCAAGCGGCACCGCAGACGACCCAGUGGUGCUAGAAGCCGAGCAGCUGAUGGACGAUGGCACUCCGAUUCGGUUGGCGGUGCGCAUCGACGAGGAGCGCGGAUCGGCGGUUUGUGAUUUCAGCGGGACGGGCGUCGAGGUGGCCGGCAACUGUAACGCGCCGCGGGCCAUCACCUUCUCGGCGCUGAUCUACUGCCUCCGCUGUCUGGUGGGAUACGAUGUGCCACUGAACCAGGGUUGCCUCGCACCGAUCGAAGUCAUCAUUCCUCCCGGCUCCAUUCUCGACCCGUCGGAGGGGGCGGCCGUCGUCGGGGGCAAUGUUUUGACCUCGCAGCGGGUCGUCGACACCGUGCUGGCCGCGUUCGGGGCAUGUGCUGCGUCGCAAGGCUGCAUGAACAAUGUAACGAUCGGCGACGAACAGUGGGGCUACUACGAAACGGUGGCCGGUGGAAGUGGGGCCGGCCCGGGCUGGCACGGUACCAGCGGGGUGCACACGCACAUGACCAACACGCGCAUCACGGACCCGGAAAUCCUCGAGCUCCGCUACCCGAUCAUCCUGCGGCGCUUCAGUUUGCGAGAGGACGGAAGCGGAGGCACCGGACAGUACCGUGGCGGCGAAGGUGUCCACCGAGAGUUGCUCUUCCGGCGGCCAAUGACACUGUCGGUGCUGACGGAACGCCGUACCCUGCGGCCGUACGGAGCGGCCGGCGGUGGCCCCGGAAUGCCGGGUCUUAAUCUGCUGAUCCGUGCGGCCGGACCCCGAACAAUGAACAUUGGCGCCAAAACGGCCAUCGAGGUUCGGGCGGGCGAUGUAUUUUCGAUGAAAACCCCCGGCGGUGGAGGGUACGGAGUGCCGGGGGAAGCGGGUGACGAGGCGGGCGGAACAGGGGCAGGGCCAAUGAAGCUGUUUACCGAGCGCGGGAGCGUGUACGAGUACCGGCUGGCCCAAGAGUCCGUCUGAUGGCACGAUGUUGGUUUCAACUUUAACUUCUAUCUCGUGCUGAUUGUCGUCCUGUUGAUCGUCGUGAUCGUCAUGUUUAAAUGAAACGUAGCCCCGGGCCCCCCCGGGUAGUGGCCAUUGCUAGGUUUUCAUCUUCUCGUUCCAAUCACGUUUGUUCGUCACAGUUUGUCCGCGCCACUUCCGGAGGCAAGUCUGUGUCGAAUGCUGCUUCCCCUUACGAUCGUUCAAUCCGGUAACUCGUGCCAAACAUAGAAACGAUGUAGCUUUAACGUUCUGAUAAUUGUAGUGUAGGGUACGACACUGUUUGCGUUUAGCGCGUUAGUUUAGAGAUUUUACCAUUCGGAUCGUUAUUGAUUCCACACAGGAUACGUAGGACCGGACCAACUAGAACCGUUUUUUAGAAGAAUUUCUAUAUUUUCCUCUAGCCUUCCAAAGUUAUUUAAUCGAAAAACUAAACAUUACUGUAAAGCAGUAAGGAAAAAGCGAAAAAAAUGUUUUUAUAAUAUGAACUUUUUGUAACCCAAUAUUCUCUCACAUAUAAAAAGAGCAAACUGUGUCCGAUUGACCACUGUACGUGUCAUCUUGUAUCGAUCCAACCGUAUAGAUUGAAUUUUUGAAUUUCAGUGGUUGUAGCCUGAUAGAACAAAGAAUCACUUACAACGGCAGAGGGCCAAAGAAGAAUAAUUUACGCACCGGCAAAUCCUUUCCCAUUUUAAACGCAAAUCGAAACGGAUUUCGGAAAAUGAUUACCCGAAUGUAAUUCCCGUAACAAUCAUCUGGGACACACACAUCACACACGCGUCAC